AUGAGUUGGAUGGACAGUUGGAGUCGUCCCUCCAAAUCCCAAGCAACGCCAGCACCUUUCUACCUACUUCCAGGAGGAGAAGCAACGCCUUACUGCCAUUCAUGUGGAAGAGUCAUUAGCACACGAAAGACUACAACGUCGGCUAAAAACAAUACGCCAGUUAAAUAUUGCUCGAGCCGAUGUCGGACACAAAAGCCUGGAAAGUUAGACCGUGAGCUCGAAAAGGCCUUUUUAAAAUUGUUGAACGCCGAAGAACAUACUGCUACAGAGAAGAAACCGGCCAACGGGAAACACAAGAAAGGGAAGAAUAGCAAGGGCGACAAUCGGAUCUUGGUAUCAUGCAGCGCAGCGGAGGAGCUUGUCUUUGGGCCAAACCGAACAUCCAUGGAGGAAGAACACGAAGAAACUCACAGCGAGGACGAAAUACCUCAUACAUCUAGACCUGCACAGGCGACGUCUGAAUCACGAACAUCUGAAGAAGACAUGGACCUUGCAGACAUCCUGAGAGACGAAAUGCACGUCGAUGGCGAUGUGCUCGCACGUAUGUCGGUCCGUAGUGGCACGCGCAUCCGUCCGGCGCAAUCAGUCUCUGAAGUGAACGGCAGCGUGGGUGGCGAGAAGGGACGCGCAGAAAAAAUCCACGAGACGGAUGAAAUGUUGGAAAAGAGAAAACAGGGACAGAAGCGAGCCAAAGAGCGUGAGAUGGCCAAGUGCGCAGCGCGAAGGGGUGUCGUGUUUGGGUUCUCUGUUAAUGAGGAUGGUGAGAAGCGCCUUUGUGAGGCUGUCAUGUCAGGAAAAGUCGUGGAACCGAGCUUUGCCAAGGGAGAUUGGGCGAUACGUUGGAGAGAGUCGUAG